AUGGAGGUCAACAGGGGCAACUUUUUCUGGAUGCUACCACCCAUUCUACACGAAGCACAGAAUGCUCGUUUUGUAGCAGUGGACGUUGAGAUGAGUGGCAUCGCUCUUAUUCAUGGCCUUAACAGUACCCAAGACUCAUACGCCAAGAUCAAAGAAGCGGCAGAACAAUUUCAAGUACUACAAGUCGGGCUCACCUUCAUUCGUUACAACGAAGAAUUAGCCAAAUAUACGACGAGGACAUUCACUUUCUCUGUUUCUCCCUUGUUUCCCAAAUCUACAUUCUUUGAUAAUCUCUCCAGACGUCUCGAUAGAAAAUUUACCGUCUCGGUGAGAGCGUACGAUUUUCUACAACAGCACAAUUUCAACCUCAACAAGGCUUUGGAUACUGGAGCUCAUUAUCUCAACAGAGAGGAACAGAGAGUUGCAAAACAGUUCUGUCUGUCGAGAGAUCCCAACAAUGAACAUGUUGACCCUUCGACACUGGACUACGAGACUGAAGAAUUUUACAAGAGGACUAAGAAGCAAAUCACGGAAUUUGUUUCUGGAAGAUUUCGACAGGCCACGGAAACCACCAUAAAAAACCCGUAUGGAGAUAGACUUAAUGGACUACAGAUCCGUUUAAUACACCAAAUCAUUCGUGAAGAGUAUCCUUCAUAUGCGGUAACUAGAAACGCGACAUCGGGUACCGCUUCUAUUGCUCUAAUUGAUGAUGCUGCGAAAGCCAAGACCGAGUCACGAAAGACAUUGAACCUGGCGGAGGUUAAUAGAUUAUCUGGACUUCAAAUAUUAUUCGAGGCAUUGUCAGGCGGAUCCUUUGCUGAUAGAAUGAAACAAGAAUACGUUUAUCACCAAAGCGACGUCCCAGAACGCGCCAAAACGUGGAAUGAACUCAACAAGACAUUCGACUUUAAAAAAUGCGAGGCCAGCCUGAAGAGAAAUAGACCGAUCCUGGUUGGCCAUAACUUAUUCAUGGACCUUGCCUAUAUAUAUCAAACGUUUUUUGAGCCUCUACCCGCCAACGUUGACGACUUCCUCAUUGAGACAAACAAACUCUUCCCACGAAUCGCGGAUACAAAAUUCAUGUAUGCACGAGGUAGACAUAUGAUGGAGCCGGAUCGAGCUUUGGAAAGGAUCCACCAUUUCUACGCGCGAAAUCCAAUUCCUGUACUCGGCCUAGAAUCAGGCAGCAACUUGCCAGGUCCUCAUCAUGCCGGAUCUGAUAGUUGUAUGACCGCCAGUCUAUUCGUAAAACAGACCUACACUCUGUUCAGAGCCAAGAGACACUUGGUCCCACUCGAGACAGAGUUCUACGCACCGAAGAAACGGGUAGAAAAGGCUGAAGAGGACGAAGAGAACGAAAAGGAGCCGACAAACUCUACUAUGAAUUCGUGGCCCGAGACAAGCGCCAUCAAUCUCCUUGAUCAGGACGACGACCAAAUGUUGAGAAAUUUAAAAAGAUGGAACAUCCUCGACGAGGCAAUGCCAUCAGCCAAGGAGAGACCUACGCAGAGUGAGCCUAUGUCAACAUCGGGCGAAACAUACUCGGAGAAGGAAACACACAUGAUACCCCUCUGGACACAUGACUUCUGGAGAGCCUAUGGCAACAAGUGCUCCGUCCCUGGGGCAGGCUAUCUCUCUUUUGAGCCAGUCCCUUAG